AUGGAAUAGCAACAGCAUUAGAAAAACUUAUCUGAAGGCGAGGUCAAAAUAAUUGAGACGCCUAAUGACUAUCAGUCAGAGGAGAAUAAAGUGAAUAAAUCACCUAUCUCUGAUUAGAAAGCAGGCUCCAAUCAAAAAUCACAGAUGUCUUCUGAGAAAUAAGAUCAAGUUGCUACAACACCUGGAGGAGGCGAUAUCGACAACAUCUAAUCUCUAGAUCAAGCCAGGAAGAUUAAGGGACAAGUUGAGAAGGAUGUACUAUUGCUAAGAAAUAGAGUUCGCAUGCUUUAGAUGGAGCAUGAGAAAGCAUAGAAAAAGAUCAUGGAGACCUAGAAGAAGGCUAAACAACUUGAAGACCUAAAAGCAAAAAACAACGAAAAGUUCCUGCAACAACUGAAAUAUGAAUAAGAACAUAAAGGUAGUUUGAAGGGAGCUUAGAGUGGGAAUUUUGAGAUUUAAAAGGCAUAGAGAGAACAAAUUUAGAAUGCUAAGUUCUCCAUGUAUCAAUAAAAAGCUGAAGCCGUGUCUGGGUUGAAGUAGAAGCUAAAUGAAGACCAAAAGCGUAAGCAAGAACUCCAGAUGCAAUAGUAGUUAGAGCAGUAAGAAAAGAAGAAUCAAAUCCGUGCAUAGAAGGAAAAGGGCAAGGUGAAGAUUGAGAAAUACAAGCAGAAGAAAGCCAAGGAGAUUAUGAAGGAAGGCAAGUAGAAGACUGAGCAGGAGAAGCAGUUGAUAUACGCACUGGAGGGCGAAGCUAGGCAGCUUGAAUUAAUGGAGGAACAGUUGAUAAGAAGGCUGCAAACGACAUAGCAGAUGGAGAAGGAUGCUUUUAAGGAGUUAGAGGAAGCCAUGAUAACAGCAAGCAUGCCCAAGAAAGAGAGACUUAAGAUCAUGAGCGAGAUGCAGAGCAAUCUUGGAUCUGAAAACAAUCCUUCCAAAGAUCAAGAUAUAUGA